AGAAGACUGUACUCAAAGUAAAGAGACAUUUUCAAGUAUCCUUUUUGUCUUCGCAAUUCUGUUACCCUUCUUCUUCAUAUUUAUUAAACAAAGAAAAACGCUUUUAGUCAAACUUUGUUAUGAAUAACUGGAAGAUGUUACGGUCAUGUUUUCUUCUUCUGUGUGUGGUGAUCUUCGGUAAGUACGGAAAAGUUAUAAAGCUUGGCAAAAUAAUAGUUUAGUGACAAACAUUGGCGUUAAACUUACAUCAGAUUCUAACUGAUUGAAUUGUUAUGAUCAAUUAUUUUUUUUGUACAAUGGAAAGAACAUUUUUUUUAAAAAGAAUAAUUAAGGAUUACUUUAAUCUCAGUUGCUGCGUAGUCUCAAGCCAAAUGUUCAAAUAAAAAGACUUGCAAACUUUUGGUCAUGUGACCAAGGCUUUUAAAUUUGUAAAUAUCGAUACUAACUAUUGUGCGAUACUCAUUGGUAAAAGAUUUCCGAAUUUUAAAAAUUAAUUUUUUAAAUGUAUAUAUAUUUUUAAAAAAAGACAGCCAUUAAAUCCUUUCUUUAAAUUAGUUUUAAAACUGUCUCCUCUAAGUGUUAUUAAUCAUUUUAUUGUUAAUUAAAAAAAAAAAAAUCGUGAUUUUUUUUUUUACAAUUAAUAAAAAUAUGACUUUACCCAUUUCAAAUUUAAUAUAACUUAUAUGACACUUUUAAAUUCAAUAAGGAAAUUGCGAACAAAAAGUUAAAAAAAUAUCAUCCUAACGACUAGCUACGAUGUUAAAAAUGCAGUACUUUAGUGGUGCUGGAAAUUAAUAGGGGUAAUAAGGGGAGAGACUGCAAUCAGGUUAGUACAAAAUAAAAUGAGUAAAACAGAGUAUGGUUAAACCUGAAAAAUUAAACGUAACAAAACAGCGAACGUGUCGGCAGAAAGCCUUCGUCAGCGAACAAAACAACAGAAAAAACGUUAUAAAAAUAAGAAAUAGCACUUAGCUGGUAAGUAGUAUCUGUGGGCAGCAAUAGAAGUAACGUUUUUUCUGUUGUUUUGUUCGCUGACGAAGGCUUUCUGCCGACACGUUCGCUGUUUUGUUACGUUUAAUUUUUCAGGUUUAACCAUACUCUGUUUUACUCAUUUUAUUUUGGAAAUUAAUAGUUUGGGCAAGAUGAAUUUUUAAAUACUUUAAUUUAAUUGAUAUGUUUUCUCAAUGGAUUACAAUUUUUUGAAAAAUUAUAAAAAAGGACUCCUUAAUAUAAAAAAAUACACACACAAAAAACACUUCUUUUAAAUAAGAUAACUAACAAUUUAAAAAAACAACAACAUUUAUAAGAACCUAGAACCAUCUCGUUAACUGUUCAGACACUUAAAUUUAUUAUAUCUUGUAUUUUCAAACUUACCAGAUAAAUUGUAUUUUAGAAUGACAGUUCAUUUAAUCGUGAUAAUUUGUUUUUGCCAAUGUACUAAUUCUGUCUGUAACGAUAUCAUGACCAUUUUUAAAGACACAUUACUAUGUGUCUUAAUCGACGGCAUCCCGGUUUGUGCUGUUUUGUCUUCUGAGAAGACAACACUGCAUACAAUACGAUCAAUGCAAAUUGAAUGAAAGUAGAGCUGGAAGUUUUAAAUUACAUCUUGGAAUGCAUUGUUAUGUUUUUACUUUUAUUUCACGUGGAUAAAUCUGAUUUUUCAUCUUCAUUUAUCGCAGUUCACUACUAUUUUGUCCCCUGAUUAUUGGCGCACGCAAGCAUCAAUCUCUAUAUAUAAUUCGCCAGCGAAAAAUAGGUGAAACAACAAGACCACGCAGGCUAUAUAUAGAUACAAAAGAGCAAGCAAGACGACGACGCAGGCAAACCCUCCCCUCGCAUGCCAGCCAGCUCGCGGCGUCUGCUAAGUCGCGGGUCAGCUAUAGUUCAUGGGCUUGAAAUAAAAAAGUGUGCAGUGACGUAUCUUGAAAGGGUGGGGGGAAGGGGUAUAAAAACAUUGGCAUUCUCAAAUGUGCGUAACUUGACUUCACGUUUUUUUGUCAAGUAACUUUAGUAGAUGGGACGUUCACGCAUUGCUACCGCCAAGGUUUGGUGGGCUAUAACGUGUAAAAUAUAUUUACAAAACAAAUACUUUAUUUAUUUUACUUAUUUUCAUUAAAAAAACAAGAACCUUUUAAUUAUUCUUUAAUUGUUUUUGAAUUUUCUAAGGGCAAAUGAAAAAUGUAAACAUAUUUCAAACAUUUUUGUUUCCAUAUAAGCUAUAUAAAUAUCGACUCUCUUUAAAAAAAAACACAGAUCAAAUACUUGAAGUGGCUGGACAAUCGACUUCAUUUCCAGUGAUAAGUAAAGGCAUGCAUCACUUCAAAAUCGAUCCUACUCCAGACUUUGCCCCUGCAAGACUCGCUCCUGGCUGGAUAGAUUCAUCUUCCGUUUCAUGUGGUAUUUCCUGCAUGCAACACUACGCCGACUGUUUGAGUUUCCUGUACAACAGGACAACCCACCUCUGUUCGCCGGCCUCAUCUGUGUUUAACAAAUCAGAUCCGCCGACCUCAAAGGAAGGGGAGCUCCACUACAAGGUCACGUGCGAUUACAGCAAGGGCUUCCGCCUGAUGUUUAGCGGCUCGGCUAUGGCGUGCCUCGCCAACUACCAGGUCGUCUGGCUGAAUUACACGCAGGCGCACGAGGCGUGCCAGGCCAAAGGAGCCGUUCUCGCAUCCGUGAAGACCUUCGACAAGCUGGCGAUUUUGAGAAAUCUGGUGGGAGGAAACAUGGCCUGGGUCGGAGCGGACGAUUUGGCCGGGCAAGGGUACUUAGUGUGGAAACUUGAUUCUUCGCCGGUGGCGAAUGAAACCUUGGAGUCGGUCUUCUCUCCGGGUGAGCCCAACAACGCCCUUGGACUUGAACACUGCGUCCAGUACUAUUAUGUCAACCGGAUGCUCAAUGACGACCAAUGUUCGAUUCGCUACGGUUACGUCUGUGAAAUGCCCCUGCCUUUUUAUGAUAACAUUUUUUGAUAUGCAAUUUG